UUUAACUAGAAAAAUCAUUGUGGAGCUGAAGCAAAGCAAUUUCACUCAUUUGUCUCUGAAUAAAUUUGAUAGAACUUAACGAUUGGAUGAAAUAUGAAAACAAAGCAUAUGAUUGGAUGAAACUGACUAAAAAUAUCACAGACUGCAUUGCGAGAGUUUACUUGUAACUGAUAUAGCUGACAGAGAGGAUAAGUUUUCGUCCUAUAAAAAACGUAAAACAAUGUACAUCGCUACUCUCCAGAUUAUUUUACUUUUUCUAAUAAAAGUCAUUUACUGCAAUUAUAAUGAUGACAAAAAUGCCAUGUUGAAGUUAAAAGACAAAGCAAAAGAAAGUAUUUUUAAGAGACAGAAUGGCAAAAUAACAAGUUGUCGAGGACUUCCAGGACUUCCAGGUAGAGAUGGACGUGAUGGCAGAGAUGCUUUAUUGCGUGGUCCUCGUGGUAAGCAGGGAAAACCUGGUCCAGCUGGUCCACCAGGACCUAAAAGUAAAGCCACGUCAACCGGUGGAGUGGUCUAUACCAGAUGGGGAAGAAAACAUUGUCCUAACACAGCGAAAACUGUUGAAAUUUAUUCUGGAGCAAUGGGAGGAUCAUAUUAUAAAGACAGUGGUAGUGGAUCAAAUUAUCUUUGUUUACCAUUGAAUCCAAUAUACGGGAAAUAUGCUGCUGGUAUUCAGAAAACAGGGUUUAUUCACGGUGUUGAAUAUCAGAUUAUUAAUGCUGAGAAACAUAUAUUUCCAAAUCCAAACUUAAACGACAGAGAUGCUCCUUGUGCUGUGUGUCAUGCUAAGUCACGUGGUAGUCACAUGAUGAUUCCUGCGCGCAAUGUUUGCCCUUCAGGAUGGACCUUGGAGUACAAUGGUUAUUUGAUGAGUGAAUAUGCUUAUCAUAAGCGAUCCGAGUUCAUUUGCGUUGAUAGCAAGCCUGAGGCAAUAAUUGGAUCUCAUACAAAAAAAUACGGGGCAUUUCUGUAUUUUGUUCAAAGUUAUUGUAGUUUUUCUUUGCCAUGUCCACCAUAUCUCCAUGGAAAGGAACUGACCUGUGUAGUCUGUACUCAGUAACUCAGUGUAUUGUAGUAAUUUUGGAGAAAAGACUUAUCUAAAUUUUGUAGUCUUACCUGGAUAAACUAUAAAA